UGUACUGUUCUUGUCACUUUUCGAACAUCUCGGUGGCAGCAAAGAGAUGGCACGAUCUCUGGGGCCUUGAAUAACGCUUGAUGUUGACACCCGCGAUUUGCGAGGUCAUGAUGGUGGUGUAGAGUGGUUUGUCUUAUGAAGCGUGACAGUCAUUUAGUGUGCUUCCCACUCAGCUGAUUGGUAAUUCGCUAUUUGCGCGGUUUGCUCUCGUUUGAGGAUGGGCGGAUAAGCCCAGAGCUGUGUGAACACUCAAAGUAAGGAGUGACAAGAGCAGUAGAGGUUGAGAAAGAAAGAAAACGGUAGAACUGAAGGAUGUCAUUGUCUUAUAGUAAUGGCGAGCGCACAGCUCUGCUGGGAGCUUACAACGAGGCCAAAAUUGAGUUAGAGUCGACUGAAAAGUCGUUUCACAUCCUGACGAUUUUCAAUUUCUUGCUGACUAUUGUGCUGUGGCUGAUCGAGGCACAGGAGACUGGCCUCUUCAAAGGCAAGAGAACUACAAAAGAAAUUUUCGACAUCCAUUCAUCCUUGGCAGAUUUAGUGCUUGCUGGGUUCUUGCGUGCGUUUGUGCUACUCCUGCUGUACUCUAUACUCUCUAUGAAGUCUCGAUACAUAGUCUGGACUACCACCUUGCUUAAUACGCUCUAUCUCGUCAUUAAGGUUAUUUUGUUUGAGUUUUCGUCCUCUCACCUCACUGACAUCAUACUGGGUGUGGGUGUCUUCAUCCUAGCCUGGGUGGAACUCCUCUACUUUGAAACUAAGGUAGUGACAUCUAGUCGGCGUGCAGCGAGUGCUGAGGAGUCGUCACGCUUCCAAAAUGAUAAUGGUUACAGACCGUAUGGACCUGCUCCUAUAGACAGCCGAACACCUCCUCUCAACUUUGCAUACCCGCGGGGACCGGGUUCGGUUGUAUCGACGGGAUCAGUUGAUAACUUCCAGACACCUAGAGACUCACCCACCGAAAGCUUACUCCUGGAACCCGAGCGGCAGCCGACUGUUGAGGAAUUGCCGGAAGAAGUUGAGCUGAGUGAAGAGCAUCGGCGGCUCGUCUUGCUUGGCCAACGGACACUGCAGAAAGUCUGGUCAUGGUAUUCCCAGCCUGUAGUCAUGGAUUGGGCCGUUGAGAAAAUCACGGAUAACGUGCAAAUCCACACGAUGGACUCCGAUGGUGCAAGGACAAUUCGAAUACAGGCUCAGCUACCGUUUAGUGCCGCUCAGGUGUUUCGCAUCUGCUACUUUGACAAUCACCUCAUGGCUGAAUGGGACGCCACUGUCAAAGAAUCAAAGCUCCUGGAGCGCAUUGAUGACCACACCAAUAUUGUAUAUAACCUAGCUAACGAAAUUGGCGGAGGAGUGAUAUCCUCGCGUGACUUUGUGUCUCUUUUACAUUGGGAUCGGUUUGAAGAUGUCUGGGUGUCCAGCGGCAUUGCGUGUACACACAAAGACAUGCCACCUCAGCCGAAUGUUGUUAGAGGAGAGAAUGGAGUAUGCGGCUUUAUUUGCAAACCGACAGGCUCCAAUCCACCAAAGUGUAGCUUUGUGUGGUACCUGACAACAGACUUGAAAGGUUGGCUGCCCAAGUCUGUCAUCCAGCGUUCACUUGCAUCGGUGCAGAUACUCUUUAUUGAAAAGCUGGAGCAAAGGUUGGCAUCUCUUGCAUCUUUAUAAUGUCUUCUUGUAUCAUUUUCUUUCGUAUUUCUUCACCAGUAGCAGUGCUGCUGUUUCCCCAACCUAAGUCCACAAAUUGAGCUCAAUCAAACUCAUUACCUUCUCGAGUCCCGCCGCUGUCCAAUGCAAUUCCAUUUCCCCUGCAUCUACUUUCCCCUGCGUAUAUACAUCUGUGCCCCUGUUCAGACACCCCCCCCCCCCCAGGCCUGGUGCAUUGUCAUUUCCCCUGUACCCCCCCCCCCGGCCCUGUUCAGAAUUCCCUCACCCGAUUUUCGGCAGCAUGCGCCAGUGCAUGUCUUGCCCGCAGCAACCCAGAUUUGAUAGAGAGUAUUUAUCUGCGGCCUUGCAACCUCGCCACCGCCUUGAUAUUUUCCAUAGUUGGCAGUACGGUACUUUGCCUGCUGCUGUUGCUCCUACGAUUAAAACUAUGACUGCUACGACUACUACGACUACUACUAUCAUCAUCAUCCAAUAUUAUACUUGACAGUGUACUGGGCAUCAUAGUCCGAUGCACUGCACAGAAACGGUGUCAUACAUAUGUUAUCGCUGCGCCGCCAGAAGAUUCACACUUCAUUGUACUUAAUUCUCCUGCUCCUGUCGGUGUUCUUUUUCAUGCCUUUUUAGUUUUGUAAAGUAGUUUGUAAGAAUAUUUCGUCAGUGGUUUAACUGGUUUUGUAGCUCAGGAUUUCAUGUCUCAUAGCAAUUCAAUCGCAAAAUUCCUCUCAGAAAAAAUGUCAUUUCCAUAGCUAGAAUCUUACAUUGCUCGUCGCUGCACAUACUUUUAACUGUCUGUCAAGUGUUUUGUUCUUGUUGUUGGCGUUAGCUGCUGCCGGGCCUGUCUCAUUUCUCUAUCCCGCUCUACCCGUCCGUGUGUGUGUGUGUGUGUGUGUGUGUGUGUGUGUGUGUGUGCAUUUUCCUUUUUGUUGGCUGGAACAGAGACUGUUUCUGUUAGCCUGAUUUUUUGAUUUUGUUUUGAUACCAUCAUUUUUGAAGUUUUUUCUAUUACAUGACCUUGACCGUUCCCUCCGCUCUUGGUUUACUGUAACUCUGUCUGCUAAUCUUCUUGCUGGCUAUGCUGCUUCCAUUGUGUUGCUGUGCUUCUUUCCUGCACCAGCAGUACUGUACUGUGUACUAUGCACUGUACUGUGCACUGUACUGUGCACUGU